AUGAGGAUUUUGAUCAAAGGUGGUGUGUGGAAGAACUCUGAGGAUGAAGUGCUCAAAGCGGCUGUGAUGAAAUAUGGCCUCAACAACUGGCCACGUGUUGCCUCUCUAUUGGCCCGAAAAAGCCCCAAGCAGUGCAAGUCCAGAUGGUAUGAGUGGCUCGAUCCCAGUGUCAAAAAGACUGAGUGGACCCGUGAGGAGGAAGAGAAGCUGCUACACCUCGCGAAGCUUUUUCCCACCCAGUGGCGCACCAUCGCCCCGAUUGUGGGCCGCACAGCUUAUCAAUGCCUGGAGCACUAUGAGAAGCUCCUUGAUCAGGCCCAGGGGAAGGAUGAAAUGGAUGAAAACGAUCCGCGGCGCUUGAAGCCGGGUGAAAUUGAUCCACAUCCGGAGACAAAGCCUGCUAGAGCCGACCCGAUCGAUAUGGAUGAGGAUGAGAAAGAGAUGUUGUCCGAGGCACGUGCGAGGUUGGCCAACACUCGCGGCAAGAAAGCCAAACGAAAGGCCCGGGAGAAGCAGCUUGAAGAGGCAAGGCGCUUGGCAGCGCUGCAGAAGCGGCGUGAGUUGAAAGCUGCAGGCAUUUCCACAGCCAGGAGGUACAAAUCCCGGAAGUUUAUUGACUACGGGGAGGAGGUGCCCUUUGAGGCGCAGCCACCAGUCGGCUUCCAUGAGGUUGGCCCAGAAGAGACGCCCAGGGUGUCCAUGGGUUUGGCCAAUGUCCGGCUUCAGGCCAUUGAGAAUCGCAGCCGUUUGGAUGAUGAAAAGCGCCGUCGCAAGGAUGAUGAGCGCAAGUUGAAGCGCCUCAAGGACGAGAAUCUGCCAGAGGCGAUCGAAAUGAUCAACAAGCUGAAUGACCCUCAGCAGUUGCGCAAGCGCACCGCGCUGAACCUACCAGCCCCACAGCUCAAUGAUGAGGAGUUGGAAGCCAUUGUGAAGAUGGGAGCUGAUGCGGCUGCUUUGCAGGCGGAGAGUGCAGAUAGCUCCACUGCAGGGCUUGUCCAGAGCUAUGGUGACACACCUGGCUCAACACCAGUGAGGACACCAAGACGUCCAGAUCCAGUGCUGCUGGAAGCGUCGGUGCAAGCAGGUGUGACGCCCCGACCUGAGCCGGGCGCUGGCGGUGCCACACCCGGAGCAACUCCAGGUGCCACGCCCGGUGCGACGCCAGGACCACUCACGCCCAACCCCCUGCUGAACGCAACUCCUCACUUGAGAGGAGGUGGCGCUACACCCGGGCCGGGUUCAACCCCGGGGCCAGGGGCAACUCCAAAGUCCCUGCGUGAUGGCUUGGCCUUGAACCAGGAAGAGCUUGACCAGAUGCCCGAGAAGCUCCGGAAGGCCAACCAGCGGAUGCAGAUGCAAGCAGCCUUGGGAACCUUGCCAGCCCCAAUGAAUGAGGUAGAGAUCUCCAUGCCUGAACUCAUGGAAGAGGAGGCCGAUACACAAGCUCCUUUGGAGGAGGACCAAGCCGAUGCCGACAAGCGUCGUGAGAAGGAAGAGCUUCGACGUUUAGAGAUUGAGCGGCAGAAGCAAAGUCAGCCGGUGAAGAUGGGUUUGCCUCGACCAGUCCAGACGUCGAUGAUGAUUUUUGAGAGCUCCGCAUCACAGGCGACUGGUGAGGCUUUGUCAGGCCCGCAGCACUUGUUGCAACAGGCUGAAGGGAUGCUCCACGAGGAGAUGGCGAACAUGAUCACGCGUGAUGCGGUUCUGUUCCCUGUGAAGGGUGCCAAACCUCCAAAGAAGGCACCCGCAGAGAUGGAUGUAAGCUUGGAAGAGCUACAGUCAGCUGCUGCGAUGCUUGAGGAGGAGCUUCAUGCCUUCUCUCAGGCUUCAGGAGGUGAUAUCAGUGCAGAAGCAGCUGUUCAGGCCGCCUUCGAAGAGGGUCUGGUGAAGCAAUUUGUGUUUUUGCCAUCGGCCAAGCGCUUCAUGGAUUCCAGGGUCAUGGGGAAGAAGGAGCGCACCGAGGCGGCCAAGCACCAGUUUGAGAUGCUGGAUGCCAAUCAACAGAAAGAGCUGAAGAGGGUGAAGAAGCUAGAGGAAAAGAUGGAAAGAUUGCUGGGAGGUUAUACCACAAAGUCCAGACAGACUUUGCAGCACAUCCGGAAGCUCUCGGAGGAGCGAGAGACGGUAGCCAUUGAAACGGAGGUCUUUGAGACCUUGAGGUGCAGAGAGGAGAAGGCCAUCCAGACCCGUGUCGAGGAGUUACAGGAACUGGUGGACCGUGAGAAGAAUCGGAACAAGAAGCUUCAGAACCGCUACAGGGAAGCUCAGAAGGCGGUGGAUCUCCUCAAUGGCAAGCUGCAGUGA